CUAAGAUCGUUAUUACCGUGCUGUCUGAAUUAUUUUGUACACACAGUAAGUUAGCCACGCUCAUGCAUUCAGCACCUAGUAUAUCCUACUGACGAAGAAACCUUCACAUUAGCAACUUUUCUUUUCAUGACUGACAACCCAGAGCGUUCAAUUCCAAAAUAGCGCGUUUCUGACCCUAUUGGCUGGCAUCCAUGGUCCAUGUUUUGUCAUCAAUUUGAUGUCUAUGGCUACCCACCAAAGGAGACUUGAACAAAAUGUUACUCGGUGAGUCAACACAGUGCCCUUGGCCACAGGUAAAGUUGCUGUCCAAGCAUACCUCCUACCAUGGACCACAACUUUGUUUACCAAGCAAGUGUAUUGUAUUUCGUAUAGCAGGUGUAUAAAGGAGCAGAGAGCUUGCUCUCAAGCCCACACCCUAGAACACAAAGAUAUAGUAGAAGCUUUUCUCCUUCAAAUGGGCCGCUUCUUGCCAUGGGGAUGCUUGCUCCUGGUCCUGUGCGUAGUUCACUCCAUGCUUCCGAGUUCUUCAGGCUGCUUCAUGGAGGAAAGGGCGGCCCUCAUGGAUAUUAGCUCUUGGUUCAUGAGCGCACACUCCGAGGUUCCCACUUCGUGGGGACACGGUGAUGACUGCUGCUCGUGGAAAAAGAUCACUUGCGACAACAUCACACGACGAAUAUUGCGUCUCGAUCUUUCCUAUCUCUACCAGGAAAUCCCUACCCGUAAUAGUGAUGGUUCCAUGUCAAUCAAAUUUACGGAAGUUGCAUGCUGGAACCUCAACUUGACAAUCUUUUCUUCUUUCCGGGAGCUUCAGCUGCUAGAUUUCUCGGCAAAUUUCGCUUGCUUACAAAAUUUCGACGGUCUACAAGGAUUGAGCAAGCUCAAGUAUCUCAACCUCAGUGACAACAGUUUCAUAGGGAAUAUCCCAGAAUCUCUCAGCAACUUGGUUUCUCUGGAGGCCAUAAAUCUCAAGGAAAAUAACAUGAGUGGGGCUCUUCAGAAUAUAGGUUUAGAAAAUCUCCAGAACCUGCGAGAAUUGCAUUUGGGAUCCAAUCGAUUGAAUGGUAGCCUCCCAGCAUCCUUAUUUGCCCUUCCAUGCCUUGAGUACCUGGAUCUUUCAGAAAACCUUUUUGAAGGACAUAUACCUAUAAACUCAUCUUGGAAUUGUUCCUCGUUGCUUCAAACUAUCCGGUUAUCCGGAAACAAGCUAAGUGGUAAAUUUGAUUUCUUCUGGCUAAGAAACUGUGCCGAGCUCAAACAGAUAGAUCUGUCAAGAAAUACUGAUUUGGUUGUUCUAGCGAAAAUGCAUGGUUGGGCACCUAAAUUUAAAUUGAGAACACUAAUGCUUUCUUCGUGUAACCUUGAUAAGAGCAUGAUUACAGAGCCACAUUUCCUACGCACACAGCAUCAUCUGCAGUUUCUUGAUUUGUCCAACAAUAAUUUGCCUGGAAGCAUGCCCAAUUUUCUGUUCACAAAUGAAGCGGCACUAGUUUACCUGGAUCUUUCAAACAACUUCUUAGUUGGAUCAUUAUACCCCAUUUGGCAAAACCAAACUAAUCUUCAACUAGUGAACGUAUCUCUGAACCAUAUUGAAGGACAGCUGCCAGCCAAUAUCAGUUCCAUGUUUCCCGAACUGUGGAUUCUCGAUGUUUCUCAUAAUAAUAUAUCUGGAGUUGUGCCAUCUUCAUUGUGCAACAUUGGCAGCAUUGGACUUAUGGAUCUGUCAAAUAAUAAAUUUACAGGAGAGGUACCAUCUUGCUUGUUCACUGAUUGUUCUGCUUUGAAUGUAUUGAAGCUUUCAAACAAUAACCUCGGGGGUGUAAUACUCAAUGGGGUUAGUAACCUGUCAGUUGCGGCAGAAAUAUACCUAGACAACAACAAAUUUGAAGGGGCUCUACCUAGAAAUCUGUCUGGUAAUGUCCAAAUCAUGGAUUUACAUGAUAACCAUAUGUCAGGAGCACUGGACAUUUCAUUAUGGAAUCUUACUUCACUGGCAGCUUUGAGCCUAGCUAGAAAUAGUUUAACCGGUGACAUUCAUCCAGAAAUUUGUGAAUUAACAAGUCUUCAGAUGUUAGAUCUAUCGGAUAACUAUUUUCUAGGGCUUAUACCACACUGCAGCAGUACAUUACCACUCCGGUUUCUGAAUAUAUCUGGGAAUUCACUGUCAGGCUCUCCAAAUGCAUUUUUCAACAGCUCCUUCAUUACAGCUUUGGAUCUAAGCCGGAAUCAGUUCGCAGGCAACCUUGACUGGAUACGAUAUCUUUCUGAAAUCAGUCUACUGUUGUUAGGAAGAAAUAAGUUUGAGGGACAGAUCUCAUCAAAUCUCUGUCGUCUCCAAUACUUGAGUAUAAUUGACAUCUCUCAUAACAAACUCUCGGGUUAUGUACCACGGUGUAUUGGUGGCAUCCCAUUUGUUGAAGCUUAUACAUUUUACUGGCCCAGUAUCAACCAUAACUCUUUUGGAGGGAACUUUGGUGUGUUCGAUGAUAUGGGCUUCUUAUAUAACAGUGAUUACGAACUCCAAGGCUUCACAUUUACCACUAAAGGGAACCCAUACACAUACGGACAGAACUUCUUCAUGUCGAUGUCUGGCAUUGACUUAUCUGCAAACAUGCUGUCAGGAGAGAUUCCGAUGGAGAUGGGGAAUUUGAGCCACAUCAAGUCUCUCAACUUGUCGAACAAUUUCUUUACUGGCUCUAUCCCUGCAACCUUCGCAAACUUGAGCGAGAUUGAGAGCUUAGACCUAUCAGAAAACAGGCUGAGCGGAUCAGUGCCAUGGCAGUUAACUCGGCUAUCAUCCCUAGAGGUGUUUUCUGUGGCAUACAACAAUUUAUCGGGGUGUCUACCAGCCAGCGGUCAGUUCAGCACAUUCGAUAUGGACAGUUACAAAGGGAACAACAACCUUAGAUCAUGCACUUCAAGUUCAGGUCCCAUGGCACCAAAUGGUGUUGCAAGAAGUGUGGCUGAUGAUUCUGACCCGAUCCUUUACGUGGUCGGUGCCAUUUCAUUCGUCUUGGCAUUUUGGGCCACUGUCGCAUUCGUAUUUUGCCAUGCAUUUGGACGGCGUGUUGUACUCAAACUGUAAUAGGUAAAGAGACGGAGGGCUAGCAAAUACUGGUGAAUGGCGACGAUUUACACAGCAGAAAUAUUUGUAAACUAUGCUUUAAUAAUCUGCUUUCCUGGUCUGUUGUAAACUAUGCUAUCAUUUGUUGCUUUAUGGAAGCUUUGUCUCAGCAGAUAUAUUUCCAAUUUGUUCUUGUGUA